AGCAUCGAUAUAUCCCAUAUACUCCGUCUCGUAAAGGUGCUACAUAUAAAUACAGUUCGGCGACUCCGCGUGUGCAAAUCGUUGGGUUUUUGUGUGCUCCGUUCGUUGGUUUGUUUGUUUGUUCUUGUUUUUGCAAUCGACGGCACUGUGCGCGUCGUUCGUAACGAUUUUCAAUCGUGCGCGUCUCUCCUCGGAGAGAAAAACAGCGCAUCGCAUCAUCGAGCGGUAUCAACGUUGAUAAAGAAGAAAAAAAAAGGAGUCGAAUUUUGUUCAGGGUAUAAGAGCUUGGCGAUCUCGAGCUGCUGCGCCGAGCAUUAUACCAUACAGACCAUCGCGAUGACGUUCGGCGGCCGUGGCACUUUCGUGCUGCUGCUCGGCGUCCAGACGCUGCUGGCCACCCUCGCGGCAGGUGCAUCCUCGACCUACACCUACUCCUACAUAAGUCACGUGAAGAGGCCGAACCACACCAAGUACGUGGCCUGCUACUUCCAGAGCUGGGCGAUCUAUCGCAACGGCGACGGCAUCUUCCAGAUACAGGACAUCAAGCCCGAGUACUGCACGCACCUCAUCUACUCGUUCGCGGGACUGAACGGCACGAGCUUCCACAUCAAGAGCCUGGAUCCCUGGGCCGAUCUUAAUGAUCAUAAUGGCAAAGACGGCUACCGCAAGCUCACCCAGCUGCGCUAUCAGCAGCCGGGCCUCAAGGUCUCGCUGGCCGUCGGCGGCUGGAACGAGGGCAGCUUCAAUUACUCGGAGAUGGCCCGUCAUCCGGCGCAUCGGCGGCGCUUCGUCAACAGCGUCGUCGACUUUCUGCGGGUCUACAACUUCCAGGGCCUGGAUCUCGACUGGGAGUUCCCGACGACGAGGGGCGGAGCCGAGUACGACAAGUACAACUACCUGUUGCUCUUGCAGGAUCUGAAACAAGCCUUCAGGCAGCACGACUUUCUGCUGACGGCGGCGAUAUCGGCCGACACGGACACGAUGGACCGGCGCUACGACGUACGCCGCAUGGCCGAGCACCUGGAUUACAUACACCUGAUGACGUACGAUUAUCACACGCUGGGCGGUGGCGUCGUCAUGCCCAACGCGCCUCUCUACGAAGUCAACAAGACGCUGAAUUACUUGCUGGAGACCGGAGUCUCGCCGAAGAAGUUCGUUCUCGGUUUGCCGACCUACGGCCGGGCCUACAUACUCGCCGACGCGCUCAGAUCCCAGGACGAGAAUCCCAUCGGCAAGCCGGCAUUGAAGAGCAGCUGGUCCGGACCUUACAACAGCGAGGAGGGCUUCCUCGGCUACAACGAGGUCUGUAAAUAUCUGCUGGCCCGCGAGUGGAUCGACAAGUGGGACAAUCUCAGCAGCACGCCCUACGCCAUACAGCAGCACAAGGUGAUCGUGUACGACAACGAGCGCAGCGUACAGCUCAAGGUGCAUCUGGCCAUGGAGAAGGGCCUCGCCGGCGUGAUGGUCUGGAGCAUCGACACGGACGACUUUCGGGGCGACUGUCACGCGCUGCAGCACUCGCAGGAGCACCGCCAGAGCGGCACGGGCCACGGCCUGUACACGACCUACUAUCCGACCACGUCGACGACGCCGCGCUACAGCAGCAUGAACAGGCCGCGCAAUCGCGCCGAGGAGCUGCUGCGCGAGCGCCAGUAUCCGAUCAUGCAGGCGAUCGCCCAGGCCCUGGAGAGGGACUCGAGGGGAGGUGCCACAGUCUCGAACGUCUCCGGCCUGCUGCUCGUUCUCGUCGCGUUGGUGGCUGCGAGAAACGUCUAACCGCGAGCAGCCGAAGAUAUACUGUAAACAAGGAAUAAAGAGAGAGAGAAGGCUCGAUAACGCGUAAAAUCGCUACAUGAAUGAGAGAGAGAGAGAGCCGAUUUACGCUAGUCAGAUGUACGCGAUAUUUUUGUUCUUCAUUUCGUUCGAAUAAAUACGCGUAAGAUCGAGAGAUGUGUAAUUUACAAACGCGCAAAAGCUUCGAAUGGGUGUAUCAGAGGUACACGAAAAAUAUUAUAUUUAGAUUGUAAUCGAUUAUCGGUGAAAAAACGAUAUUCGAGUGUUCAAUUCAAUACUGCAGUUUCGAAACCCACGUUUAUUAUAUCAUACACUUAGCAUAGAAACGCGCCUGUGCCACUGCCACCGCGCGCGCGCUCGUGACAUUAAAUCGAUUAGUAAGAUUUUUCCUAUAUAGAUGCAGUUUUAUGUAUUGAAUAUUUUGGUGUGAGCUUGUAAAAUAGCUACUUUUCCUCAGCUUCAAGACGGCCUUAUAUAUUUCGCCUUGCUUAAGUGUAUUAUAAUGUGCCUAUGAUAGAAAAUCGUUAAGAAAGAGAAAAGUUGUAUGUGAACAUUUUUUUACCACAUUAUUCGUGUCCAUUUUAGCCGUAGCUAUAUGCGUUCUUAUUUCGUACAUUAGCAAAUGAUAAUCGGUUUGUUUAUGGUUUGUAAAACUGUAAUGUAAGCGACGAAUAAUUUAAAGUCGAUACCGAUUCAUGAAAACAUGUAUCUAAAUGAAAUUUCACGAUUUUGCGUGAACGUGUUUAUCGUCCUAUUAUUAAGAAAUCACGUGUAAAAAUGAUUUUCCGAUAGGGUUCUUUACCAUUACUUUCCUUCGAUUGUCAAAAAUUUUUAUUCUCGUUUCUUAGUGCUGGCCUAAAACAUAAAAAAAAAUUAUCGAUAGUACUAGAAUAAUUCUCGAGUGAUUGUAAAAAACUCGUACGAUGUCUUCUCUGUAGCGUUAAAAAAAAACAUUUAGAUUAAUUGAUAGAGUAUCGAAAGUAUCGUUGUGCCUUGUGACAAAUUUUACAAUCAAUGAAAAAAAAAAAUCGAAAGCCAAACACAAAAAAUUAUCAACAAAUUUAAUCAAAUAUACAAAGUCAUAUCACAUCUCGAUAGGACGCGAAACAUAAAACAAUAACAAUAGCCAAGUAAAUUUUCGAAGAUUUACACUCUAUGAGAAACGAAUAAAAACGAAUAACGAUGCUAUAACUAAUAAUAUAUAUAUGGAUAUAUUUACAAACUAAUUACUGUAUAUUAUAGUCGUAAGUAUGAAAGUAAAAGAAACAAAUUCGGUAACUGUCCUGUGCGUCACAUAGCAUUAUUUUA